GGCCCUCAGCAUCUCCCUGUGCUUCAUACACACCUCAGCUCAGUUCGUUCCUCUUUCAUCAGCCUGCUCCAGGAGCUGCUGUUGUUUGUCUUUCAUUAUUAUUUUAUUUUAUUUUUAUUAUUAUUAUUAUCAGUAUUAUUAUUUUUGGCCAGGAGUUGUUCAUAAAUCUGAAGUGAGGGCUCUCUGCACCCCAGGAGCAAAUAUGUUUGCUUGAGUUACCUUCAUCAGCUUCCAGUUUGUUUUGGUGUUAGUUUUACUUGGCGGAUAGUUUUUCUAGAACAAUUUAGCCCAAGUGUAGCUGUAGGAUUACCUUACAAGUGUGUUGUGUGUUUUAGCCUGGAGAGGUGCAAGAGUGUUUUUGUUUGUUUGUUUGUUUGUUUGUUUGUUUGUUUGUUUUUUGUUUUGCUUAGUUUUGCUUUGUUUUUGUUUUUUUUAAGAAAAAAAAAAGAGUACACAGAUUCAGAGUGUCGAUUUGAGCCUUGUAGUUUGUGUGUGUAGUAAAUAUGAAGGAAGAGAUUGCUGCCGCUGUGUUCUUUCUGGCUCGGCUGGUGAAGAGAUAUGGCUGUGUGGAUAACGACAGCAGGGACCGCUUCGCCGCCGCCCUCACCUCAGUUCUGUUUGAGAACUAUAAGAACCACUGGGACCCCAACACCCCGAGCAAAGGGCAGGCCUACAGGUGUCUGCGUGUGAACCGAGUGCAGCUGAGGGACCCGGUGCUGCAGCAGGCCUGUGCUCAGAGUGAGGUGCGUUACGAGGACCUCGGCCUGCCCAGAGAGCUGACGCUGUGGGUCGACCCCGGAGAGGUGUCUUGCAGGUAUGGUGAACACAGCACUCCAUUCUGCAUCUCUUUGGUGGACAGCUGUCACCGUGGAGACGGCGAGUUUUCCCGGCGAAUCCAACAUGCCGUGGAGCGGGCCGGGCUUGACAUCCAAUCAGGGGCCUCUUCGGAUGAGGAGGAGAGUGAGGACAACAGCACGAGCAGCAGCAACAACAGCAGCCUAUCAGCUCCCUGCCCCGCCCCAACACCUCCAACCCACCCGGAGCCCAAAACCAUCCCAACCGUCAGCAAUCCAAACAGUGUCUACCAGUUCAGUGAGUUUGCUCCAGGCGCCCCUCAGACCUGGGUAACGUACCCGAAGAGGAAACCUUUCUCUGGGGAUGCGUUUCCACCUCACGCUCUGCUGCCUGGAGGUCAGAGUCAGAAGUGCUUCAAGCCGUACCGGCCCACCUUCACGUUCACCGGGCCCCGCGUCGACAAGUACCACUGGGUCAGCAAAUCCCGCUCCUAGACCAGUCAGGUUACUUUUCACAAUGAUGAACCCGUUUUGCAUGAGAAAAGAAAUAUGACCGCCCCUUGCUUGCUAAAAAUGAAUUUUUCAGUACAGUUUUUAAAGGAUAAAAAGUUUAAUGUUUAUAUUUGUGAAAUGGUUUAAAGUAGUGAUGAUUUAAUGUUUCAUGCUGUUUAAGCAUGUUUUUAAACUUUCAAAAACUAAAUAUUUUAAAUAAAACCUCCCUUCUAAGUGUUUUUGUUUUAAACUGAAUUCAAGUGUAGCUGUGAAUAAAGUAACAUUGAAUUGUCACUG